AUGGCUACACCUUCUGGCGGCGAUCAACCUACUGAAGCUCAGAAUGAUGGAAAGCUGGAGCAGAUAAGUACUCGACGCCGAGAAAGCUUCGCCUCACAGGAUUCCCAAACCGCAAAAGACUUUAUCGAAUCCCAGCUACAACUCGAAGCCGAUGCCCGUGAAAUCCUGCCUUAUUCUUUCGACUCCUGUACCCAAGAAUUAGGACCACUCCGACAGACGCUAUUCUCAUGUUUGACAUGUAAUCCUCCACCUCAGGGCGACGACGAUCCCUACACUCCAGCUGCUGUCUGCUACUCGUGCUCUAUAUCGUGUCAUGGAGAACAUACGUUAGUAGAGCUCUUCAGUAAGAGGAACUUCGUAUGCGACUGCGGAACGACGCGACUCCCCAAGACGUCAGUAUGUACGCUGCGAGUUGAUCAGAAAACAAAAACGAAGGGUGUCCAUUCCCAGCCUCCUGCGGAUGAAAACAAAUAUAACCACAACUUUCGAAAUCGCUUUUGCGCUUGCAAUGAAGAAUACGAUCCGCAUCAGGAGAAGGGGACUAUGUUCCAAUGCCUCGGUCUAGGAACACUCGAGACAGGUGGAUGUGGAGAAGACUGGUGGCAUCCUGAAUGUCUUGUCGGUCUUCCAAGGGGGCGACAAGAUGCAGUGAAGGACUCCGAAACCACACCAAAGAAUGAAGAGGUUGAAGCAAACGCCGACAAGGCACCUGAGGAAACCGCGGAUGGAGAUGAGAUACCCUUGCCCCCAGGGUUUCCGGAUGAAGAUGAUUUCGAGACUUUCAUCUGCUACAAGUGCCUGGAUUCUAAUCCUUGGUUGAAACGUUAUGCUGGAACAAAAGGAUUUCUACCGCCAAUCUAUAAACAAGCAUCUAAGGAAGCCCAUGAGACGGGAAAAGACGACAAAUCCAAGUCGCAAGACCCACCGCAAUCGCGAAAGCGUAAUGCGGAUGCCUACGAAAUUGGUGAAAAUCAGGAUACAAAAAGAAUAAAACUGGAUAGGCAGGACGGACUGGAAAAAAUCAAAGAGGAGAAAGAACCUACCGAAGUAUCCAAGCACAAACAUGAACUAUUGCCGUCAGAGCAUCCCUCAGGAACAUUUUCCCUCUUUCUCAAGGAGGACUUCCGUGAACACUUAUGUCACUGCCCCGACUGUUUUCACCACCUUGUCUCUCACCCUCAGCUUCGUGAAGAAGAGGAGACAUACGAACCCCCAUUAUCCGAGGACGGUGAGGAGGGGGCAAAUGGUGCAGGUAGCCAGGGAACAAAGAGUCUGUUGGAUCGUGGCGAAGCAGCACUCAGCAACAUUGAUCGCGUAAGAGCUAUAGAGGGAGCAAUGGUCUACAAUCAUUUACGAGACAAGGUCAAAUCAUUCCUCAAGCCAUUCGCCGAGAGUGGCCAGGCUGUUAGCGCAGAAGAUAUCAAGUCAUACUUUGAGAAAUUGCGCGGAGAUGACAUGGCCAUACGCGAAGCUGGUGGGCAAGCUUCUGCUUUCAAUCGUAAUGGAGGAAGUGGAGGCGAUGACAAUAGCGAAGGGGGCGGUGCUAAUCGGAAAGAACAAAGUGGAUACUAAUGUUUUGUCUGUACAACGGUGUCAUAUGGGGGAUAAUAAGGAAUCCGGGGGUCCAGGAUGACUAGGGGAAAUGGAUACUUCUGGUCGACGGCGCAUAUGAUUUAGGAAAAUCCACUUAAUGUCUUCCAUUCUGCAUUUUUCUUCUUUCUACUUCUUUGUCUUUCGAGAUAGCCCACCUUUUAGUUAGGAAUCAGGAACAUGUACCUUAAGAACAACCAAUUGUGAUUGACUUCAGAUACUUUGAAAUAUAGUUUUCCAUGUACAUUACUGAGUUUGUUUGCCCAGUCACCAUGAAAAGAAUAAUGUCAUAUAAGUAAUGGUAAUAUGAACUCCUGGUUUGCUCUACAAAAGCAUGCUUCGCGACAAACGUAACAUAGGAGACAACACCGCUAGAACACCACUAAUGCUUUAAUCGAAAACCAAGCUAUAUGCGAACUCACUCUUUGAGACGUUUAGCCACCCGGCCCAUUAGACUGUCAUCUGGGAGUCCACUACGUUUCGUGCCUGGAAGACUACCGGUUCGAAUAUCGUUGCCUUCUUGACUAACCCGACGAGGGGGGUAAGUGGUUUCGCAGCCCUCGAAACAGUUCGCGCUUAUUGGUCCGCCAUUUGUAAAAUAUGGAUGUUCCAGAGCUUCCUCGGCUGUGAUCCGUUUCGCUGGAUCGUACUCGAGUAAUCGUGACAAGAGGUCAAAGCCAUCGGCGCCAGGGGUGCCAACACUAUUGCUUGCAGAAUAUCCACCCGUUUUCAAACAUCCCUGAUACCAUGUAUCAAGACCGGAAGGCUUGUUGUAAUGGAGUGCUCCACGAGAGGACAUUUUCAUAGACUGCAUCAUAGACUGCAUUUGAUUGAACUCAGGCAUCGCUGCUAGCCCAGGCCACGUUUCUUGUCGUGGAAAGCCCAAUAUCUCUACUAUCUUCAUCAUUUGGUUCCGUUGGAACGGCACUGUCUUUUUGCUAUCCAUCUUUGCUUCUUCACCCUUGAAUAUAGGCCGUAACGAGAGCAAUUCGGCAAAUAUGCAUCCCACAGCCCACAUGUCGACGGCCGGGGUGUAGUGUCGGCUACCCAGCAAGAGUUCCGGCGCCCGAUACCAGAUCGUUACCACCACUUUGUCACCAGCGAAUAAGGAGUUCAAUGGCUUGUAGAAUAAGCGUGCCAAUCCCAGAUCGCCUAUUCUGAUAGCACCGCUAGCAGUCACAAGUAUGUUGGCAGGUUUCAAGUCACGGUGGAGGACCCAGUUGGUAUGUAGAUAUAGCAGACCGUUUAAUAGCUGAAACAGUAUAGAGCGGACCAUUCUUGCAGGUAUCGCAUAUCGCUGUUGCUGGGUAUGAUGAUGGAUAAUUUGAAGCAAGUCGUGUUCGGUGUAUUCGAAAACCAUGAAGAUGCAUUUGUCCUCCAAGAUAAUCUCUUCAAGUCCUACCACGUUCGGAUGAUUGAGCUCUGAACAUAAAGCCAUCUCACGAAUCGCAGAUUGUGAGAGGCCAGUGUACUGAAUUAACUCCCCC